UCAUUGAUCGGGUCUUAAGUAUCUUUUUCCACAAAACAAAUUUCUAUAAAUAUAAAUCAAAGAUGUGUGGAAGAGUUUUGUCCUUUGAUAUUCAAAUAACUAAACCCCCUCUUUCAAGCAUGUGGCUUUGACGAGUACUGUCUUAUGUCGUCAUAAGUUUUUUCUAUAUAUAAUCAACGAAUCUUCUUUGGUAGUGAGAAAAAGAUAUUGUGAACCAAACUCAUAACUAACUUUCAGAUACAGGCUUCUAACUCGGAGAGACAGAGAUAAAGUCUGUAUACUCUAUAGUUGGUUUGCAAUAUUUUCUGAUAACGUGGUGAUAAAUUAAUCAUGGAAGAUCAGGUCAUCUCCAGCAAGAAUCCGGAUCCCGUCGAGAAGCCGACCAAUGAAAAGCCACCCGGAGUUAAUAGAUACGCUCUUCAGUGUUCUAUUGUCGCCUCCAUCGUCUCCAUCAUCUUUGGUUACGAUACUGGUGUUAUGAGUGGAGCAAUGGUGUUUAUUGAAGAAGAUCUAAAGACUAACGAAGUUCAGAUCGAAGUUCUCACCGGAAUCCUCAACCUGUGUGCCCUUUUCGGAUCAUUGCUCGCCGGAAGAACCUCAGACAUAAUCGGACGUCGUUUCACAAUCGUCUUGGCCUCAAUACUCUUCAUGUUAGGCUCAGUACUAAUGGGUUGGGGUCUAAAUUAUCCCAUUCUCUUAACCGGUAGAUGCACAGCCGGUCUCGGCGUCGGUUUUGCUCUAAUGGUUGCUCCAGUUUACUCAGCCGAGAUAGCAACUGCUUCACACAGAGGACUCUUAGCUUCUCUACCUCAUCUUUGCAUCAGUAUAGGGAUUUUACUAGGUUACCUAGUCAAUUACUUCUUCUCCAAGUUACCAAUGCAUAUCGGUUGGAGGCUGAUGCUCGGCAUAGCUGCGAUCCCGUCGCUAGUGCUAGCGUUAGGGAUCUUGAAAAUGCCGGAGUCUCCACGGUGGUUGGUCUUACAAGGCCGUCUCGGAGAAGCCAAGAAGAUACUGAAGUUAGUAUCGAACUCGCCUGAAGAAGCUGAGCUACGGUUUAAAGACAUCAAAACAGCUGCUGGAAUCGACGCAAAUUGCGAAGAAGAGGUCGUGAAGAUGGAGAAAAAGAAGACUCACGGUGAAGGAGUGUGGAAAGAGCUAAUCUUAAGACCAACACCUGCGGUAAGACGAGUUCUUUUGACUGCGUUAGGGAUUCAUUUCUUCCAGCACGCGACGGGUAUCGAAGCCGUGCUUUUAUACGGUCCGAAGAUCUUUAAGAGAGCAGGGAUCACGGCUAAAGACAAGCUUUUCUUGGUUACAAUCGGUGUCGGAAUCAUGAAGACGACAUUUAUUUUAACAGCGACUUUCUUGCUUGACAAGGUAGGUCGGAGGAAGCUUUUGUUGACCAGCGUUGGAGGAAUGGUUUGUGCGUUGACGAUGUUAGGGUUUGGGCUCACGAUGGCACAAAACUCUGGCGGGAAACUAGCUUGGGCUUUGGUAUUGAGUAUAGUCUCUGCUUAUAGUUUUGUAGCGGUUUUCUCUAUUGGGCUUGGGCCGAUAACUUGGGUGUACAGCUCUGAGGUUUUCCCGUUGAAGCUUAGGGCGCAAGGAGCAAGUCUUGGCGUUGCAGUGAAUAGAGUGAUGAAUGCUACAGUGUCUAUGUCGUUUUUGUCGCUGACUAGGGCGAUAACCACUGGAGGAGCGUUCUUUAUGUUCGCUGGAGUUGCGGCGGUGGCGUGGAACUUCUUCUUCUUCCUAAUGCCGGAGACGAAAGGUAAGUCGCUUGAAGAGAUUGAAGCGCUUUUCCAAAGAGAUGGUGAUAAUAAAACAAAAGGUGAGAACGGCACCGUUUAGUGUGUUUGUGUUUUUCUUUUCGUUUGCCACUCUCUUUUAGCGUUUGUGAUGUUCUUUGUGUGUGGCUUUUAUCAUAAGCCAACGGUCACGUUUGGCGCACAGUUUUAGUAUUUGUUAACAAUUUAUGAUCAACGACUCAUAAAUCACCAGUCUUUUAGUGUUUGCGAUGUUCUUUGUGUGUGUGGCUUUCAUCAAAUUUUAAAUUAACGGUCACGUUCAGCGCACAUUUUUAGUAUUUGUUAAUAAUUUAUGAUCAACGACUCGCAAAUCGCCAAUUACUAGCAAACAGUGGCCAAGUAUUAGCCAAAGAGAAUGAGCCUUUUUUCCUCUCAGAUCAAAAUCGAGCUGGUACUUUUGCCAUUACACAAUGAAUUUGAAGAGAGUGAGCUUGUAACAUAAUGGAAAGUAUCAGACUGCAAAUCCUGGAAUGACGGUUCGAGGGUUUGAUGUCUCCAUUCAGGCGAAGAGAGCUGGCAGUUCCUUUUCUCACUUAAGCGGAUACUCUAAGUAAAAUAUUAGCGAUCUUUUCUAUCUAAUGAAUGGGGAGGGGGAGUGAAUGGGGAGGGGGAGUCCGCUUUGAUAUCAUCGAAAGAAGGGUACUAAGUAGCUAGGAAUGCGGGCUAGCUAGUAGUUUAGUGAUAGCGGUCGGUCGGUUCGACGUGGCUCUAAUGUCGGCGAUGAAGCUAACAAAUAGGGAAAAGCAUAUGAUCUCUUGGAAACAAUUAAACAAUCUGUGUCAUUUCUUGGAGAUGAUACAUAACUACCCUAUUAUGUGUUUGAAUGAUUGAAUCUUCCUUCGGCCGCUUCCGAGGUUUUAUCCUGGGCUUAAUUAUAGCCCAAAUACUUUUGUGGGCCGUUGUUAAUCUCUGAGUCAAAUAAAGAAAACGUGCUUAGUUAAGACGCAUGGAAUCGGUAAAACGCCAACGAAGUCAACGACCCCAUAGGUUAGCUGUCCAUGUCCUAAUAAAACGUCUUAAAUUUAUUUUUCUCUUGUGUACAAACAACCACCUCUCAUUAAAAACGCCACUAAACACGUAACCUCACCCCCAAGAGAUCACAUCUCAACCGUUGAUCGUACCAUCGAAUUAUUCCAUCUCGUCCGUCCAUUAGUCCCAACACUCUGUAUAAAAACACGCCUUGAUCUCAUUGGUUCUCAUACCCGCUUUUUUUUAUCGUUAUCUCUUUAAGCUUUUCGUUCAUCGCUUUUCUCUAGAUCUCUCCGUUACGUCGAUUUGAUGACGUAUUGGAAGACUCUCCGAUUCAGUUCUGCCGUCGAUCUUCGAAUCGGCGUCGUAUACACAAUGGAUCUGGUAGCUCCGGUUUGAUUCAUGAUCCAGAAGACGGAUCUUAGCUGCUGAGAUCUCCGACGAUCGGUCGAAGAGCUGAUCUGAUCUCGCAUCAUGAUCUCGGCAAGCUAGGUUCGUCGGAUCCGUGAUAUGCUGAGGUGAGGAUGAGUCCGGGAGGAGCAAUUGAAGAAGAGGGGAGAGGAUUGAGAUAUGUGAAUUGAUAAUGAGUAUGAAGGAUGUAUAAGAUGUUUGUUAAGGACGAUAUAGCCUGAUGGAUUAGGCUUGAGUUCUGAUUAGCAUCUUUGUCAUCCGACCUUUGCCAUGACAGGUGCGCUUGCAUGGCAGGUCACACACUAAAUAAUAAUAAAAAUAAUUGUUUCGUGUUGGUUAGGGGAGUUCGCACGGGGCACUUUUUUUUAGCCCGGGUUCUCCCCUCACCUUUGUGUCUUGUUCUCUCUCUCUCUCUCUCAUCCCUUUGAUCUCAAUUCACCAAAAUAUCUCUCGACACAGACAUAUUUUGAAUCGAUUCCUAUCAUUACGAUUGAUCGGAUCUGGAGUCUAACGCUGCCAUAUCUAAAUCCAACAUACUCCACAGAGGCAAAGGUACAUUAAGUUUGAGUUUAUUCAUAUUAUAUAACCUAUCAUAACUCCAAAUCGACUUUAAUUUUGCUAUAUCAAGCACUUUUCAACUUCUGUAACGAAGCUAUAUACAUACUUGGCUAGUUAUUUUUUAGUAAGCACAAUGUUUUAGCAACAUGUAUCCACUUUUAUAGUAUAUAAUACAAAGAAGUACGUUAAGAGUCCCAUCAGUUUGCCAAUACUGUAAGCAUGUUGUCUUGUAUGAUUAUAUCUAUGUUUUUCAUAGAGCUAAUGGCUCUGGUGAUAGAAGACCUUGGAGGUAUCGCCAUCUUCCUUAAUAAUCGAUGCGAUGUUAGCAGUGGAUAAAUCGAGCGCACGAGUGUGUUCAUGUUGAAGCAAUGAGGUAUCUUAAAUCAAGUAACUUGUCUGACUUUUUGUAUGUAAAAUUAGAUACAGUGUUUCUUUGUUGAAAAAGAGUAUUUCAUUGUUGGCACGUUAAAGGAACCAUCGAAUAUUUAGCGAAAAUCUUACGUUGUAUUUUGCAUAAGGACUUGUGCAUAAUAAUUUGUAUUGUUAUUUUGAUGUAGGCAGUUAAAAAAGAAAAAGUUGUGCAUUGGCCUUUAA